AUGAUUCUAAGCAAAAUUAUCGUUAUUCUGGAUGCAGAUAUUUAUGCACUGGUUCCAGUCAAAGUAAUCCCGAAGGUCUUCAUCUUUGGAGAUUUGGUCGCUUUGGCAGCACAGUUCACUGGUAAGAUCACCUUUCCCGUCUUGAUCGUAUACUCAUAUGAUAUAGGUGCUGGCAUCUUGAUAAAUGCCACUUCGGUCAGUCAGCAAAGAACAGCCCAGCUUAUCAUCAUUGGUGGUCUUGCUUUCCAGAUCUACUUCUUCGGCUUCUUCACUUCUGUUUUGCAUAUCGUGCACAGCCGCGUUAUCGACAACCCAUCUCGCAUGAGCACCAAUUUGACCAUACCUUGGAAACGCUGGAUCAUCGUUCUUUAUAUCUCUUGUGGCCUUGUAAUCGCUCGGUCUGUUUAUCGAGUAAUCGAGUACGCCACCGGUCCUCUCGGCAUUCUUCAAGCCACGGAAAUCUACUUCUACAUCUUCGACGCAGGAUUCAUAUUCCUCGUUACACUUCUCCUCAGCCUAUUCCACCCAAAGCAACUAGCUACAAUCUCUACAGAUGAUCUGACAGAUGUUGAAAGCGUCAUCGCCACUCCUUCAAAGCCCCCUCCUCAGUAUCAGCCGCCUCGGACACCCCCGAAAUAUUUACAACCACCACCAUAUCUCCCGUCUUAUGCGAAUCUCAGGAAUCGCGGACCUUACUAUCAUUACCCUCAGUCCCCUUACAGAACUCAGUCAUACAUACAGUAUCCACCACCACUACACUACUACCAGCAGAGAAGACCUCCUACGCUAGCGCAUCAUCGUCCACGGACUAACAGGACUUACAAGAGCUUCAAUACUUCCUUGAGCUCUUCUUCUAGUUUUGUUAGUAUAUACAAUCCUCAAACCGGCCAGUAUGAGCCGUUCAGGCGGUAG